UGAGAAGCCCGUGCACCGCAACAGAGUAGCCCCCGCUCACCACAACUAGAGAAAGCCUGUGUGCAGCAACGAAGACCCAAUGCAGCCAAAGAUAAAUAAAUAAAUUUAUUUAAAAAAAAAAGAUGGAGAAGGAGUUGAGGGCAUAGUAUUGGCAAAACCACUGACAUGCAAAAAAGCAAAAUAGUGCACUGGUCUCCAGGUGCUCCUGAUGUUUCAAAGUGGGGAUACAGGAUUGACUUAAAAUAGGAACACAUCCAUGGAACAAAGCAACAUGUUAACCGAAAGCACAAAAUCAACUCAUUCCACAUGAAGAACGGAAAGGAUGAAAUGACAAAGGUGUUCCACACUAGGAUACUGAUUGAGGCACUGGGACACUUAGUGAAAAUUUUUUUUAUCACAAAUAAGUUUGACAAAGUGCCAAAGUGUAUUGGGGAGGGCAGCUCUCUUUGAAAAGGUAAUGAAAACUAUGGAUCCUCCCAUGAAAAUUAGAUGUACCUAAAAGUUUAGGGAGUUCACCACCCUCCCCAAAACCUAUCCAUAGACCACCAUGGGCCAAAGAUUGAGAAUCCUAAUUAAGAGAAAAGAAUCCCACUUAACAAUCAUAACAAUCACUUGAAUGAAAAGGAUGCCUGGAUAAAAACAUGGGUAGUUGCAAUUCUGAGCUGUAACAUUUUGAGUAAAUAUUUGAAGCUAAAGUUUACUAAAAGAAAGGAUCCAACUCUCAUGUCUUAAAUGUCCAGUAGAAUUAAACAUCCCGAAGUUACCUCAGUGAAUGUGUAAACUGAAAGUUUCUUAUUGCUUGAUAUAAAUAAUUUUAUAAAGUUCACAAGGUAAUCAGAACUAAGACUAUGAAAACAGCAAACAUUCCAUGCAAACAGUCGGAGCUAUUGUCUCUCUGGCUUGUGUACAAUUUUAUCAUUUAGUGUCUUUCAUCUAAAUAAUUCACAAAAAUGAUAUUAAUGAGUCUUGCUUCACUACCAAAUACUCCUUCUCUCUGUACCACAGAAUCCAGAAAUAAUUACAGGAAGUUCAGCUUGGGUAGUUCUUGCUCAGCUAUAUGUCUGGAGAGGGAUAUGGUAAGGGAAGGAAGAGGGUCGUAUUUACAUCUAAAUACAAACAGCUCUUUAUUCACUGAGACCAUUCGCGACACUAUAAUAACACGAAUGCGAAGAACUCCUCUGUCUGAAAUCUAUUCCAUAUCCGACAUCUGAUGCCAAUCCUUACAGUGAUAAAGGCCACAAAAGCAAACCCAGAGGCACUGAAUUUAAAUAUAGUCCUGAGAGGUCUCUCUGGUUGGUUUCUUUUCCCUGUUGACACUCAGAACAAAUUUCCCAACAGCCAUCAGCCGAAUUCAUCCAAGCUGGAUGCAGGCCAAGAAGCAGCAGUAUUGUUGAAAUCUGGGCAGCGAGGGGGAAGGGUGCCUGGCACAUCAGUCGGGUGAAAACAUGCGGGAACUGAUGGGCAGCAACUGGAAGAAGUUUGGCCACGCUGGCAGGGGGACAUACGAGUGGUUAACCAGUGAACCGAGCCUACCUCUUCCGGAAACCCACCUGCAGGGCACCCAGAAGAUAAGUUCCACCAAGGAAGAUGUGGAGCCCUUCCUGUGCAUCCUUCUUCCAGCCACUGUCCUGCUCUUCCUGGCCUUUUUGCUGCUUUUCCUGCAUCGCCACUGCCAGGCCUCUCGGCCCCAGGGGCAGGUUUCCAGCCUCGACCUUCCAGAGCACCCGCCUGCAGGAGAGGUGACCGACUUCCUGCCAGGCUUACUCUGGAGCAGCAAGCAGACCUUCCCUUACUCCCCACUGCCCGGGGAGGCAGCCCUUCUCUCGUGUUCACCACCCUCCUAUGAAGAGGCCACCAGGAACGCCCCUGGAGGAGAGGCUGGAUGCGGGCCUUCAGUAUAAAGCGGGUUCACCUGGACUGGAUGUGCCACUAUAAACCGCUCUUGUAACCAUUAAAACAGCUCUCCACCCUUCAAUGAGCCCGCCUGAGCAGGGGGACAAGGGCCUCUGGACCUAAGAAGCUGCAAUUCACUGGCCAACACCUGGAUGAAUGGGGAUGGAGGGAGCUUGACAAACGUCAAUCUUGUUAAUGCAUUUUCAAGUUCCUUAGGGAAAAGUCUCCCCAGGUCGUUCUAAAGAUGACCGGGCUCUUUUAUAACAUAUAACGGCCCUGAGAAAAACAAGAAAGUUCCAUGUGAAGAAAAAGAAUUACUAGUGAACAUAGGAAGGAAAAGGAGGAAGAAAAAGAAUUACUAGUGAACACAGGAAAUAGCCCUGAAAAGAAAAACAGAAAAAUGUUGAUAAGCCAAAGAUAACUGCUUUUGCCACCAAAAUAAAACUUUUCUUCCCACACAAGUUUUUCAGGGCCUCAUCAUUUCACUUCUGUGUGAAGAUGCAUGGAGAGUUCCAGAAGGUGAGAGAAACACCUCUAGAGCUGUAGUAGUAAAUAAUGGUGAAAUGUUUCAAUAUUAAUAAUAAAGAACAGACAGUUGCAAACAUUUUAGUUUAAAAAAAAAAAGCUCUCCGAAAUUCUCUCCUCUGUAGUGCUGCUCUUGCUUACUUUCUGAUUUGCUUCCUAGAAUGAGAGGAUUUGGCUUAGUUACAUGUGAAUGUCUCACACUAGAAUACUGUGGGUUGUCUGUGCUGAACAAAGGGUAGCUGCUCUGACACAUUAUCUUGGGGGACACAGUGACAGUGUGUGUCCUCACCAAGCAGCAGGAACAAGAAUAGAAAUCAGUUUAACAUUGGAAGGGAAAAGUCGAAAUCUUGGAUCCCAUGGUAAAGAGAAACACAGGUAAGCUAACAGGAAUCUUAUACAUCGCAUAGUUCAAACUCUUGCCUUGCCGAUGUCAAAACUGGAGUUCAGAGCUUCCCUGGUGGUGCAGUGGUUGAGAGUCCGCCUGCCGAUGCAGGGGACGCGGGGUCGUGCCCCUGUCCGAGAAGAUUGCACGUGCCGCGGAGCGGCUGGGCCCGUGAGCCAUGGCCGCUGAGCCUGCGUGUCCGGAGCCUGUGCUCCGCAACAGGAGAGGCCACAACAGUGAGAGGCCCGCGUACCGCAA